AUGUCGCUGUCGCACACGCGGGUGCAGGCAAGAAACUCAACCGUGAUGUCGACGGUUUCCUCGGACUACACGACAGUGGACAUAGAUGACAUGCUGCAGCAAUACGAGCGGCUCCUUCUUCAGCUCUCUCAGCAGCUACUGGAGCAGGAGGAGGAUAUUCACACCUUGCGAACGGCCUUGCACGCCAGUCAACACCGGCAGCGCCGUCGUCGGCGGCGAGGUGGUGGUGGUGGUGGAAAGCUCAAUGGUACAGCAGUUGCCCUCACGACAGAAAGUCUCAGUGUGUCGGUGGAGGGGUCGCGGCAUCACCGCACGCAUCACGCCGCGGCUAAAGCAGCCACACAGCUGAAAAUAACGCACGGAGACUCUCAACUGCACCUCACUGCCCCAGUACCGUCGACGCCGCAGGUGUCCUCCAUCGACUCUGCCGAGGACAUGGACGUCAGCUCCACCAUGGAGUUCUCUCCAGAGUCUACCGCAAUGACUCGGCAUAGCCCAGAGCGCAGUGCAGCAGGAGCUGCUGUUCCGCUGCUAAUGAGCUCCACCGGCAAACCGAGCGGGCAGCGAGGCACUUCGGCGGCGCUCGCUUGUUCAUCUACCAUGUGCGAUGUUAGCAGCCUCAGCGAUAAGACCAACGUUGGUCUAACACCGAGCCCUGUUCACGAUUGUCGCCCGCCCGGCGAGACGGCAACAGUGGGUAGUUUUUGGACAUCGUCGCGGCUAUCAGGGCUGGAGAAGAGCAGUCAUGGCAGCGCCCUCACCCGGCGUCGUCGCACUUCUGCACAGCUGACGCGGGAUGCGCCGUUCGAGACGCCGCAGGUGAAGUUCGAUGGCCAGGACGCGAUGAGCUACCUGUUGAGCGUGUUCUCCAAUGUCAAGUCGGAGUGUAAAGCUGAUGGUGCCGAGACAGAGGGGAUGGCGAAACCCCGUGAAAGGGCUUCCUGCGGAAGAGAGGAUUAUGUGGGUACAGACGUACGCUCGCCAAGCACACCGCUGCAGCAGCAUCGCCAGCAUGUCUCGCGGCAGCUCUUUCACCUUGACCCUGUUCAUGAAGACGAGGGCAGCGAGAGCGGAAAUGAGCACCCGAAUGGUGGAGCCGUGCCCGACUAUCGCUGUCCUGCGCCAUGGCGACCUCUGCUGCCACCGCCACACGACAAGCGAAGCAACGGUGAUGGCAGUGCGAUAGCGACCCACAACUUGGAUUGCACUUUCGAUAAGGAAACCCGACCCUGGCAGGAGCGGUACGCGCGCAUUGUGGCGUGCGCGUUAGCCGCCGAAUUCAUGGCCUCCAAUACAGCAAUGGGAGGGGAUCAAGCAGAGCAGCAGCAGCGAGGGGGUGAAACGGGCUCUCGCACCUCUACAGCUGCUCGGUGCCGCACCACAUCUCUACACGACCACAGCGCCAGUGCAAUAGUGACAGAGCUACUGCGCCUCUUCACUCUCGAGCCCACCACGGGGCAUCAGUCGAAAACUGAUGGAAAAGACUUCUCAUGA